CAUGACACAAAGACAAAAUUAUUUUUAAUCUUUCUCUUCUAUUUUUUGGAGUUUGGAAAUUGGAAUGGGAUUGAAGUUGGACAACGGAUAGAUUUUUGUGACGGGUUUAAGGUUUUUGAUUUACGAGUCGUAGACAUUUUAUCAAAGUCUAAAAUAUUGUAACUUUAGAAAUUAAGUUUAUGCAAGUAACAUGUAUAAAACGUAACAAGAAUAAAAGAUAACAUGUCUUUAGAACAGACAGCCUGCGAUGCUGUUCUUCCAGACUUGAAGGCUUUUGAAAGGCGUCUGACUGAAGUAAUAGCAUGUCUUCAACCAGCAACCAUGAGAUGGAGAAUUCUCCUGGCAGUGGUAUCUGUGUGUGCUGCAAUAGCAGCAUGGCACUGGCUGACUGAUCCACUCACUCCAGUGGUGUCCCUUACGCAGUCACUGUGGAACCAUCCCUUCUUUGCUUUCACUUCUACAUUUUUAGUAUUACUGUUCAUGAUGGGAGUUCAUAGAAAGGUGAUUGCCCCAAGUAUUAUAACGGCGCGCACUCGGUCUGUCCUUAAUGACUUUAACAUGUCUUGCGAUGAAACUGGAAAGCUAAUUCUGAAGCCCCGGCCGGCGAACUCUUGAAUUUACCUCAUGGGCUCUUCUACAAAGGCCAACGUAAGGAGAUAAUUAAUAAAAACAAACUUUGACGUUAUUUGCUUGACAGAUGAGAACAGGGGCUCUCGAGUCUGCUAUUACAGUAGUGUAAGUGGUGGAACAAUAUUUAAAAAAAAGUGUUUAUUAAUACUAAACCAGAUAAUUUCCCUUGCUACCCAAACUAGGUUAUGUUUUACUUUACGUUCGUUUUUCACAACACAUUUAAUUCUAAAAAUAGUGUGCAAUGCUGUUAGGAAU